AUGUUACCAGAAUCAAGGUUAAGAUCAUUGUACUCUGAUUUCAGAGGACUGAAAUUAUUAAACAUCGAUGGUUAUGAGGCAAACAUCAGACAAUGGAAAGAAUAUUUAAUCAAGGAAUUCUGGAGUGAUCUGAUAAUCAUAAAUGCUGCAGAUCUACUUUCAGAAUUAUCAAACUCUCAGUAUGGUGCUCCGAAAAGCAUUGACGUAGUGCUAGAUGAGAUGGUAAAAGAAGGCACGUUAGUAUCCCUUAACGAAUAUCACAAAAGGAAUCAGAACAUCGUAAUAUCAAUGAUGAGCUGGGCUAUCAGCAAGACAAUCUUAGAUUUGUCCUGGAAGAGCAGAAAAAAUGAGACUGCAAUGUACUUAAAACCAGUCAAAUAUGUUAAUAUUGCGUGGUUAAAGAGAAAUGACGAGGUACUACAAGAUCUAUUGAAGAAUAACAUCAAAGAAAGUGCUCACAAAGCGACUGACUAUGUAUUCACUAAGGGUCAUUUUUAUAAGGCGUCCGGAAUUGAUAGCAUCGUGAAAGAUUGGGACUCCUACGGAAUAAUACUUGAUUACUUAUGUGAUAAGAAUCAAAUUAUUGUCGGUUCAGAAAAUAUAGUUAAGAUUAUCUCUCCGUUGUUGAGUGCGAGCCCCCAGGUAGCGUCCAAAGAAGUAUCUGAAGAAGAUAUUUGUGUUGCCAAUAUUAAUGAAUAUGUAUUCACUGCGGAAACGGAGAUAAAAUCGGCACAAAAGGUGCUAGAUCUUACUACCAAACGGCUGACAAGCGCUAUUUCAUCGGGUCUUUCUCAAGAGAUUAAGAGAACACUUCUUAGGUUGAAAAAACGCUCAGAAAAGAACUUGGAACAAGCUUACACGAGUUUAGAAUCUCUUAGGAAACUCCAAGAUGAAAUAUCCAAUGCUUCACAAAAUGUGGUUAUGAUUAAUCUUUUAAAACAAGGCAGUACCGCUUUGAAGGCUAUCAAUUCACAACUUUUAGAUGAAGAUUCUAUUUCAAACAUAUUAGAUGAUUUCCAAGAAAAUACAGAGAAGCAAGACCGUAUUCAUAAUUUGUUAGUAGGAGAGUCGGUUUCCGACAAUGAUGCUCUUGAAGAAGAAUUGUCACUGUUAGAGAAGGAGCUAUCAACAGAGGAUACAAAAGAGAAGGAGAAAAAGAAGAUCGAAGAACAAAAAUCUGCAGCACCUUUGGAAUCUGGCUCAACAGAAGAUUUGAUAAAGAAACUUGGAUCCUUGAGGGUAUCGAGCAGGGACUCUCCUCGUGCAGAGAAGACGGAAGUGAAGGAACCGAAAAAGGAAGAGAUGACCGAGAAACUGUUGGCCUAA